AUGAAUCGCGGCAAAACUCAUAGUCUCUGGAGUCACGUCCAAUCCAUGUUUGGCCGCCAGCAAUACAGUGGAGUCCCAAGUGAUGGACGACGGGACCACGAUGAGCCCACCGCACUGGAGAUGCAGCCCUCAACCUUUGCCCUCACAUCCUUCUCGUCGAAAAUACAAAAGCCGCGGGCUUCCUUCCUCAGAUCAAGUCCGGAAUCCAUCGAGGAGACCCAUACCCUGAUCCAUCAAACUGAUGGUAGGCAGACAACAACAGAGGUCAUGGAGGAUGGUGACUCAACAACAUCCCCAAUGCAAAACACCUGGAUUGUUGGAGUGCGUUAUUGUGCUGCAGCGGGAGCCUGUAUCUUGGUCAUAAACCUGAUCUUCAUAAUCGUUGCAGCCGGAAUAUCAACGCGAUAUAAUGGUAAUAGCGCUUGGGGAGACUCCGCAGUCAUUUAUGACGGCGAUUGCGGUAUCGUCAAACGAUGGUCCCUUGGAUUGCAUCUGAUUAUUAACAUUCUAAGCACACUCAUUCUCGCUGCCAGCAACUACUGCAUGCAAACACUGGUCGCUCCAACACGAGAAGAGGUAGACGCGGCUCAUGCGCGUGGCCAGUGGCUAGAUAUCGGAGGUGCCAGUAUAAGGAACCUUCUAGCAAUCGGGAGAGGCCGACUUGGGCUAUGGAUUAUAUUGAUGCUGACGGCAUCCCCUUUUCACUUGAUGUAUAACUCCAUGGUCUUCGAAUCGUUCUCCAACCACGAUUUUAGAGUUUUUGUCGCACCGAAAGAUAUGAAUUCGUCCAACGUACAUUCUCUGGGCACUCCAGCUCUCGAGAAAUGCUUUGCUCCGGAAUACCGUUCCAAUACCCUACGAAGUCUCACUUGGAAUGAAGUUGCUUCUGAAUUUGCAAGUGACAAUUACGAGCCACACAAAUCUGACAAGUGUUCUUCUUUCGGUUCCCCACACUCGGGGAUAAAAGCACUGGCUUUGCUUACCGAUGAUUUAACCGUGGGUGAUGGGGGCAAUGCAUCGGUUUUGACCGCAAGCUCUAGUCCACUCUUCGUGGGCAACACUGUGUAUGCUAGUCCAUUUGCCUUUAAAAAUGCGGAGAUUGAGGAUUCUAUAGAGUGCAUAGAUGGCUCACCCUUCAGUCCGGAGUAUGGCUUUGACCACUCUGUUGGACAAAAUUACACGGUCAAUGAGUGCCUGGUGAUGAAGGUUGGGGAACACUGUCAGUUGCUAUAUAGCCCACCUAUAUGCAUUGCAAUUGCGCUUGCUGCAUUUGCAAAGGUAGUUGCCAUGUUUCUGGCCGCUCGGGUAGGUCGCAACCGAUCACCGCCCCUUCUGACUAUUGGAGAUGCCAUCUCAUCGUUCAUCUUGAGGCCUGAUCCAACCACAAACAAUCUCUGCUGGCUGUCAAGCACACAUGUUCGCGAAGGGGCCUGGACUAGAACUCGCGAAGCUUCCGCUCCGGUUUACAGAUCGCUCUCAAAACCGGGAUCCUGGUCGCGAGCAGUAACUCGAUGGAGAUGGAUCGCAACUCUAUCUUCAUGUUUUCUAACCCUGAUCACCGGAAUCGUGAUGUUUUUUGUCUGUUUGGUGGACAGCGAUGGGCAAUGGAUUUCUACAAGCCAGUUCAAGAAUCUUUUCUCAUCAGAUGUGGAUGAAAGCGACUAUUACACCUUCCAUGUUGUUGGUGUUAAAGGCAUGCUACAAUCUGUGGUAUUUGCCAACAUACCGCAGCUUGCGGUUACAAUAUGCUACUACUGCUACAACGCGGUACUGACCAGUAUGGUAGCUGCUGCUGAGUAUAGCUCCUACGGAAUCGAACGCAAGGCGCUCCGUGUCACUUGGCCUAUCAAGAGUAGCCAACAGCGAUCGACAUAUUGGCUCAGCAUUCCGUACCGCUACAGCGUGCCUGUUCUUCUCCUAUACAUGACCCUCCACUGGACAAUUUCCCAAUCUAUCUUCUAUCUGGAGAUAGUUACAUACACAGCGCUGGACCAAAAAUUAUGGAGUACCAGUAGUCUAGGCUACUCCUCUACUUUCAUCCUCUUUUCGACCUUAGUCGGGGUUGUUAUGAUGCUUACACUGUGUAUAUUGAGACUCAGGCGACUCAAGUCAAACGCCCCAUUGGCGGCAUCUUGUUCUGCUGCCAUCAGUGCCGCCUGCCAUCCACCCACCCAUGAGAACCUAGAUGCUGCAAUCCGGGGAAAAUUGAAGUGGGGUCAGACCACUAGCCUACCGGUCGAGUCGAUCAACUCCGAAGGGGAUGAACCGGGAAAGGGACACUGCAGCUUCACGUCAUCGGGCACCGUGGAGCCCACUCUAACGAAGCGAUACGCUUGA